AUGGAGUCAAGCGAUGACAGCAACAGUGAGAAAGGGGCCGCCGAUGUCCUCAAUCAGUUUGUGGCAAUCAAACCCACCCAGCGGCCAAAGGAAGAGCGGUCAGAUGAUGAGGAUCGGCUCCUUUGCGUUGCUAUCUCGAAAUCCAACUGUGAAGAUGAGUUUAAAUACUUGCCCGGCCAUUCUUAUGUGAAAGAAAUUCUCUCCAAACUAAAUGACGAUGCAUUUCUUGUCGAACUGGAAAGUGGAGAUAGUAUUCAGAUAUCAUACAAUAACCUUCUAGAGUUCUCCGGCGGCUCGGCAGCUCUUCGGAAGUUUAAAAACAGCAUUGCAAGACCUCAAAGAUCCCUUAGGCGGGGAAUACGGCCUCCAACAGAUGGAUUUGUGGAUAUUGAGACCCUUUCCUUAUCCUCCGACGAUGAUCAAAAUGGUACGCCGGAUGAAAGUACGGAUUCUUCGGCCAGCAUAGCGCCUCGCAUGCGCCGUUCGCGACGACUUAUCUCUAAACCUACUCAUAACUACGGCUUUCCUACUGAGGAUGACUCCGAUGAAUUAAAUAGCCCUGUAACUUUCUGCAGCGGUCGCUAUUCAUCCAGGGGAAAAGGACUUCGUACUUCGGAAAGACUUAAAGGCACCUCAGCCAAACGUAUGGUCGAACUAACGGAGAGCGAUCUCCCUGAAAUUGAAACCUCAAAAUCUGUUUCCAAAUACCAUGGCGCCAGAGAGAUAUUUGACAAAACUCUCUCUAGUUCCCAAUUUCGACUUCAGCAUCAACCUAUCUGUGCCUCGUGUUCUCGUGGAGAAAACUUUGGCCGAUUGGUGCCAUGCCAAGGCUGUACGGACUCAUAUCAUCAAGCCUGCCUUGGCUACCGCAACCAGAGGCUUCACCUUGUGACCAAAAUAAAUACUGGAUAUUUUAUUUUACAGUGCCGCCAUUGUCUUGGGGUUGCUAACUCGAAGGACCCAUUAGUACCACAUCUUGGGAAAUGCACCCAAUGCCAUGAUACGGGGUUUUUCUCCAAACCAUUACGGCCUCAGUUGACUUCACGGCAGGAGCAGAUGCUACGUGAGGAAAAUGGCGGGAUAGAUCCUAUAACGAAUGUUGACAUGGACAUGGUGAAUAAUCCUGAAAAUGUCAUGUUUCGUUGUACAACAUGCAAACGCUCAUGGCAUAAAUCUCACCUGUCCACUAUGGACCCAAAUACGCUGCAAUGCGAAGAAUGUGAAAAUGCACCCGGAGAGAUUGAAUCUCUAGUGGCAUGGAGACCCUUGGACCUUGAUAGCUACACACCAGGCUAUACUUCAGAUAUGCUCCCUGAAGAGUCAAAGGAGUACUUGGUGAAAUGGAGGAAACUUUCUUUUUUUAAAGUAAAAUGGAUGCCUGGUCCUUGGGUAUGGAGCGUUACUGCAGCUGUAAUGCGUAAAGCUUUUAACAAAUCAACUAAAAGCUUAAAGCCGUGCAUGACUACGGAGGAUGCUACCCCUGAAGAGUUCCUCCAUAUGGACAUUGCCCUUGACAUCCGCUACUCGAAUGUUGUUUCAAACAGAACAAGAGACAUUGAUUUAGCUCGUAUCAAGGAAGUGAAAGAAGUUUAUGCAAAGUUCAAAGGCCUUCCAUAUGAGGACGCAGUGUGGGAACGUCCCCCAGAUGCUUCCGAUACCGACCGCUGGCACAGCUUUCAGGCUGCUUACAAUGAAUGGGUCGAAGGCAACUAUCUCGCCCCACCGAAUCCUACACAGCUCAAGCAUCGUUUAUCUGCUGCAAGAUCUCUCAAUUUUGGCCAGUCCUUAGUAAAAAGAUCGCAGCCUAGUAUUUUAACUGGUGGUCAGCUGAUGCCGUACCAGCAGGAAGGGUUAAACUGGAUCUAUUUCAUGUGGUUCCAGCAAAAAAACGCAAUAUUGGCGGAUGAGAUGGGGUUAGGCAAAACUAUACAGGUUAUUGCAUUUUUUGCAACCCUUGUCCAAGAUCACUCUUGUUGGCCCUUCUUGGUCGUUGUACCCAAUUCUACGGUUCCGAAUUGGCGUUCAGAAAUUAAAAGAUGGGCCCCAAGCCUUCGAGUUGUGACUUAUUACGGCCUAUCAACGGCACGGAAGCUAGCCCAUGAUUAUGAAAUGUUUCCCGGUGGCACCGAGAAGUCAGGACUUAGAUGCCAUGUUGUUGUCACGUCAUAUGAAACUGUGGUCGAUUCACAUGCUCGUCGAGUUUUCUCUUCGGUACAAUGGCAAGGUUUAGUUGUUGAUGAGGGUCAUCGCCUUAAAAACGACAAAAGCCUGUUUUACGAAACGAUUUCGAAGAUGAAAUUUCCGUUUAAACUUCUACUCACAGGAACCCCUUUACAAAAUAAUAUCCGCGAGCUGUUCAAUGUCAUUCAAUUCUGCGACCCUUCCAAAGAUGCCAAUGUUCUUGAAGAACAAUAUCGAGACCUGAAUAAGGACAACGUCAAUGAACUUCAUGAAAUGAUUCGUCCAUUUUUCCUGCGAAGGACUAAGGCGCAGGUCUUAACAUUCCUCCCUCCAAUGGCACAAAUUAUUGUUCCGCUUUCAAUGACUAUCGUGCAAAAGAAGUUAUACCGGUCAAUUCUUGCCAAAAAUCCGCAAUUAAUCAAGGCGAUUUUUAACAAGAACGAUGGUCAGAGGCUAAAAUCAUCAGAGAGACACAAUCUGAAUAACCUUCUUGUUCAGCUCCGCAAGUGUCUGUGCCACCCAUUUGUGUAUAGCAAGGCAAUUGAAGAGCGGGAUGUGAGUGCAACAUUGCUAUAUCGAAAUCUCAUUGAAGCCUCUUCAAAACUCCAAUUUCUUGAACUUCUCCUUCCAAAGCUUCAGGAACGCGGCCAUAGAGUGCUUAUUUUUUGCCAAUUUCUGGAUUUUCUUGAUAUUAUUGAAGAUUUUCUGGACGGUAUCGGAGUCUUACAUCUGCGCCUGGACGGCUCUAUCACUUCACUUCAAAAACAAAAGCGUAUUGAUCUAUUUAACGCCCCAAAUUCACCGUAUUUCGCAUUUUUGCUAUCAACAAGGGCUGGCGGAGUUGGGAUAAAUCUUGCCACUGCCGACACUGUUGUUAUUAUGGACCCUGAUUUCAAUCCGCACCAGGACAUCCAAGCGCUUUCAAGGGCCCAUAGAAUUGGGCAACAAAAGAAGGUCCUUGUUUUCCAACUGAUGACCAGAGGAAGCGCUGAAGAGAAAAUAAUGCAAAUUGGCAGGAAAAAGAUGGCACUUGACCAUGUCCUAAUCGAGCGAAUGGAUGCAGAAGAAGACGCUGGAGAUGAUUUGGAAUCUAUCCUUCGAUACGGUGCUGAAGCACUGUUCGAUGAUAACGAUAGAGCCGAUGUUCGUUACGAUACCGAGUCUAUUGAAAAGCUUUUGGAUAGAAGCGAGAUUGAGAAUACCAGAACCGGCGAUGACUCCUCGGCUGAAUCCCAGUUCGGCUUUGCUAGAGUCUGGACAAAUGAAAACGCAAAUUUUGAAGAACAGCUCUCUGAAUCCGAAAGCACGACGCUAAGCAGCACCGUAUGGGAAAAGAUCUUGAAGGAGCGGGAAAAUCUUGCGAAAGAAGAAGCAUUGUCGAAAGCGGAGGCGUUAGGCCGAGGUAAACGUAAACGACAGACAGUGGACUACACCGUACCCCAGUCUCGAAGGGCUGAACAUGCAAGUGAUACUGAUUUUACGGCCACCGACGUGACUUCAGAUGUUGAAGAAGAGCCGGCCAGCCCACUUGAGCAACCUUCGAAACCACCACGGAGGAAACGCGGCCCAAGCCACAAAUCUGCAACUUCUGCUCUUGCCCGGCUCUACAAGCGUGCUCGGCUACCAGAAUCCGCACCAUCGUCGAUGCAGUAUCAGCCCUGCAUCGCAUGUGGCAUCGGCCAUCCGCAGGGAUAUUGUCGCCUCAAGCAGGCAGGCGUAGAGCACUGUGGGCUCUGCGGCAUCGCCCACUUUGGUUAUUCGCGAACAUGUCCUCACCUGAACUCCGAAUCUCAAGUGGCCAGCAUGCUUUCUUCUCUCAAGGAGAGCACGGAGCAGAGAGCCUUGGUUGAAAAUGCUACCAAGUACUUGAGGGGCAUCAGAGGUGAUCUAGUGCGUCGCAAGAAAAUCAAGGCGGGGAAGCUUCAGGAAGCUACCAGCACAAACAAGAACCUCAGCCAACACCCGUACGCUCAGCCAAGUGCACCCAUUCCCUCAGCAGUAGCAGGGCCGUCAGGAGCGCAGUUGGCAAGAUAUCCCGGUGUUGUCGCUCCCCCCUACCCUGCUACUGCCCCAUAUCCCCCGUAUCCCCCAAAUCUCCCUUACCCCCCGUACCCCGCAUACGCCUCAUAUGCUCCAUAUCCUUCUCGUCCACCUCCUCAUUUCAACCCCCCUCCUCCACCUCCACCGCCGCCUACCACACGCUAG